CAGCUUUUAUUCAACUCAAGUUCAUUUCAUAGUAAACGAAAGUGCUGCGGUGUGCUCAUUCGCUCGCCCCAUUACUGUCGACUGCUCAGACGAACUGCAGCAACAGUUCCUGUUUUUUUCUGCUCUAUUUAGACAGGAAACACGACUUUCACAUGCAAACAUCAGGCAGACGAUGAAGCUGUCUGUGUGAAGCAGACAGCAGCCAUUGUUAUUGUGAAAGAAGGGAACUUUCUUUUUUUACCCUGACAUCAGUAAGGUUUUAUUUGUCUUUUGUAGUUUUUGGACUGAAAAUGCAUUUGAGGAGAUGAAGUGAACCAGCUGACAGAAUCUACAUGAGGAGGAUGAGAAAAUCGGGAAAAUAUGGAGCAAAAGGUUGAUGACGACGUAAAUAAAGCCUCUCAAGGAUUUCUUCCAGAGUCGGUUUCAUCCGUUCAGGGUGUGAUUCAUCACUUCCAGCCCAGCUUCACCGCUCAGAGCGGCAGCAAUGUGGUCGCUCCCUCCAUCAUCGGCUCCUCCAUCGGCAGCAUCAACAUCAGCAUAUCGAUGACCAAAGGAUGUAACGACGUCUCCAAAGAGCCUUUAGAUGAAGACGGUGCCGGCAGCUUGCAACCUCAGCAGAUCCAAAAUAAAGCUGCAGAGUGUCAGCAGAGACUGAAAGCAACCCUGAGGAGAAAGUUCAGUCAUUUACACGAGGGGUUUUCGACAGACGCGAACAAGAUGUCUCUCAAUCAGAUCUACACGGAGCUCUACGUUACUGAGGGGGGGUGUGGUGAAGUCAACGAAGAGCACGAAGUGAGACAGAUGGAGAUCGCGUCGAAGAGACGCGUGACCCAGGAGAGAUCGAUCCACUGCAAUCGUCUGUUUGAUUGUCCACCUGGAGGAGAACGCCACAUAAGAACUGUGGUCACAAGGGGAGUUGCCGGUAUUGGAAAAACCGUGUCGGCCAAUAAGUUUGCUCUUGACUGGGCAGAGGACCGGGCAAACACGGACGUUGAUUUUGUGUUUCCUCUCUCUUUCCGGGAGCUCAACUUGAUACGAAAGAAAACCUUCAGUCUUGUGGAGCUCCUCUGCGUCUUCUUCCCUGAAAUAAAAGACGCCGGUAUCUUUGACAAGUGUGAAAGCAAAAUGCUCUUCAUCCUGGAUGGUCUGGAUGAGAGUCGCUUGUCUCUGGACUUUGAGAAAAGCGAACUGAUGUCAGAAGUGAGGCAGCCAUCUUCGGUUUCUGUAAUCAUGACCAACCUGAUCAGGGGAGGUCUACUUCCCCUGUCCCUUGUUUGGAUUACAUCUCGACCGGUGGCCGCUGCUAAAAUCCCAGUUGAGUACAUUGAUCUGGUCACCGAAGUCCGUGGGUUCAACAACUCGCAAAAAGACGAGUACUUCAGGCGGAGGAUUACCGACAAAGCCGUGGCAAAUCGCGUAAUCGCACAUGUGAAAUCCUUCAGGAGUCUCCACAUCAUGUGCCACAUACCGAUCUUCUGCAUGAUGGCGGCAAGUGUUCUCGAGAAGAAGCUGUCGAGCAAAGACAGCAAAGACAUGCCGAAGAGUCUCACACAGAUGUACAUCCAUUUCUUGUACCUCUACGUGGAGAAAAUGAAGAAAAGACUGCCGGGAAGAAGAGACUCCAGUACGGACUGCGUGAGAACUAACCUCCUAGCUUUGGGCAAACUUGCUUUCAAAGAGCUUGAGAGGGGCCACCUGAUCUUCUACGAGAGCGACCUCGCCCUUAACGGCAUAAAUGUCACGCAGGCGUCCAUGUUUUCGGGAGUCUACACGCAGAUCUUCAACGAGGAGAUGGCGCUGUGCGAAGAGAAGAUGUUCUGCUUCGUGCAUUUGAGCAUUCAAGAGUUCUUCGCAGCGCUGUACGUCUACCUCACUUUCCACAACGACAACGUCAACGUCCUGGUCAAGAAGUCCUCUGUGUCACGCCGCUUGAUGUCAAGACAAUCGUCAGAGCUCAUCCUCUACAAGGAGGCUGUAGAAAAAGCCUUGGGGAACGAAAAUGGGCAUUAUGACAUCUUUCUGCGCUUCCUUUUGGGUUUAUCCCUGGAGACCAAUCAGACACUGCUGAAGCAUCUAAUGAUCAACAACAGAACACAUAAAAAGACUAGAACUGAAAUCAUCGAUCAUAUCAAAGAGAGGAUCCGGGCCAGCCAGUCUCCAGACAGGUGUCUCAAUCUCUUCCACUGUCUGAAUGAGCUGAACGACCACUCUCUUGUGGAGGAAAUUCAGGACAUCUUCUCCUCGGGCAUUUUGAACCAAGCCACCCUUUCACCAGCCCAGUGGGCUACACUGAUCUUUGUACUGCUGACCUCCGAAGAGGAGAUUAGCGUAUUUGAUCUGAGCAACUUUACAAGGUCAGAGGAGGGGCUCCAGAGACUUAUGCCUGUCGUGAAAACAGCCCAAGUGGCAAAUUUAAAAGCGUGUAACCUCACUGUGAUGUGCUGUGAAAACCUGGCCAACGCCAUCAGCUCAUGCCAACUCAGAGAGCUGGACCUGAGCAACAACAACCUGACAGAUUCAGGACUAAAGCAACUCUCUGAUGGACUGAAGAACAGCAAGCUGGAGACGCUGAGGCUAAGAAGCUGCAACCUAACAGAGAACAGCUCUGUUACUUUAGCAUCAGUCAUCAGCUCCUCCUGCUGCCAACUCAGAGUCCUGGAUCUGACCGAUAAUGACUUUCAGGACGUCGGAGUUAGAAAGUUCUCAACUGGACUGGGGAGCUCUUCCUGCAAACUGGAGCGGCUUCGUUUAUCGGGAUGUGGAGUGACAGAAGAGGGCUGCACGUUCCUGGCGUCUGCCCUGAAUUCGUCCCACUUGAAGGAACUCGACUUGAGCUACAAUCAUCCGGGGAACUCUGGCCUGAUGCUGCUUUCAGCUCUGCUGGAAGACCCCCAAUGCACACUGCACAAACUCAGCGUGGACCAGUGUGGUGAAUCCAGAAUCCAACCCGGUCCCAGGAAAUACUUUAGGAGAUUGACCCUGGACCCAAACACCGCACACAGGGAUCUUUCUCUUUCCGAGGGAAACCGGAAAGCAACGCGGUGGACCAAGCAGCCGUAUCCCGACCAUCCGGACCGGUUCGACUUCUACACUCAGGUGCUGUGCAGGGAGGGACUGACUGAGCGCUGCUACUGGGAGGCCGAGUGGAUCGGGAGGGUCUGCGUCGGCGUGGCCUACAGACGGAUGUGCAGAAAGGGAGAGGGUCCGGAGCGCUGGAUAGGCCGCAACGACCUCUCCUGGGGCCUGAACUGCAACAAAGACGGCUACAGGGUUCUGCACGGCGGCAUGAAUGAAGUUGUGCACGCAACACCUAACUCCAAUAGAGUAGGAGUUUACUUGGACUGGGCGGCAGGGGUGCUGUCCUUCUUCAGGGUGUCCUGCGGUGACCUGACUCUCCUCCACACCUUUUACACCGCCUUCACCGAGCCCGUCUACCCCGGUUUCCAACUUGGCUGGGUGGACUCAACCGUGCUGCUGUGCUAAUAAUAAUAAUAAUAAUAAUAAUAAUAAUAAUAAUAAUAAUAAUCCAGAGGUUUCCCCUCGGAUAUCUCCUGGCCUGGAGGAACCAGGUUCUCUACCGCCUAUCUGAGCCAAGUGUUGCAAUGCUUUGAGCCUGCUGUCUGCCGUUCUGAGUUUAACAAAAAUGUAUUAUAUUAAGGCUGAACAUGUAGAAAAAUCCAGAAAAAGAAACAAUUUAAAGCUAUUUUUAAGUCAUGAGUGUCUAUUCCAGGGGUGUCAAACAUACGGCCCGCCGAACAAUCAUGGGCUCAACAAUUUAGUCCGGCCCGCUGGCUAAAU